AUGUGGGUUUGGACCUCAGUAACAACACUGCUGUUUCUGACUUGUUUACAAGCAACUGAAGAGGACGAUGAUUUACGAGCUGGGUGCAGCACAGCGGUGAAUGACUUGGUCUACAUUGUUGAUGGCUCAUGGAGCGUGGGCUAUGAUGACUUCGACACAGCCAAGCGCUGGUUGGUCAACAUCACCAGUGGCUUCGACAUCAGCUCACUCUAUACCCAGGUAGCUGUGGUACAGUACAGUGACACGCCACGCCUUGAGAUCCCGUUGGGUGAUCAUCAAAGCGUCCAAGAGCUAAUCAGCGCCAUUGAGGCUAUCAGCUAUCUGGGCGGUAACACGCAGACAGGCCGAGCCAUCAGGUUUGCCGUGGACCAUGUAUUUCCAUCGUCACAGCGCGCCAGUGCAGUCAAAAACCGUAUUGCUGUGGUGGUGACGGACGGCAAGUCACAGGACGAUGUGGUGGAUGCCAGCAUGGAGGCACGGGCUCAGGGCAUCAUUGUCUUUGCAGUGGGAGUAGGGUCAGAGAUCACUACCUCUGAGUUGGUGGCAAUUGCCAACAAGCCUUCACAGGACUAUGUACUCUACGCAGAGGAUUAUACCACCAUUGACCGUAUCCGAGAUGCCAUGGAGCAGAGGCUGUGUGAAGAGUCAGUGUGUCCCACACGGAUCCCAGUGGCCUCUCGGGAUGAGAAAGGUUUUGAACUUAUUCUGGGUAUGAAGGUGCAUCGCAAAGCCAAGAAGAUCCAGGGUUCUCUGGUGUCUGAGACAGCCUACUUUCUCAGCACUGAGAUGGACAUCACAGAGAACACAAGGGACAUCUUUCCAGAGGGUCUACCUCCUUCCUAUGUGUUUGUUGCCACUGUGAGACUGAAAGGACUGUCUAGAAGGGAGAAGUUCGACUUGUGGAGGGUGGUAGCCAAAAAUGGAGCCAUCCAAGCAGCAGUGACGUUAGACGGACCGGCCAAGUCUGUCUUAUUCACCACUACCAACAAAGAAAAUGAAGAACAGAUUGUCAUUUUUAAUGCCCAAGGCAUAGAGAGGCUCUUUGAUGAAGGUUGGCACCAGCUGAAGGUUUUAGUUAGGCCCAAGCGUGUCACCUGUUUCCUGGAUGACGGGCAGAUCCAGGAAGUGACCCUGGAGCCAGUUGAACCCAUCUACAUCAAUGGCAAGACUCAAGUCGCCAAGAAGUUCAACAGUGAAACCACAGUUCCUGUUGAGAUCCAGAAACUGAGGCUGUACUGUGAUCCCCAGCAGAGUGAGAGAGAAACGGCCUGUGAGAUCUACUCUGUGGAUGAUGAGCGGUGUCCCUUGGAUCGCACACCCACCGUGGAUACGUGUGACUGCACUAAUGGAAGCCCAGGGCCACCAGGACCCCCAGGGCCAAAGGGUUUCCAUGGGGAGAAAGGAAGAGAUGGAUCCUCAGGCCCUGACGGUAAGCCUGGUGUCCAAGGUGAACAAGGCAUACCUGGAGAGCCAGGUGCACCAGGAGAGAAGGGUGAAGCUGGGUCACAGGGGCCCAAGGGAGUACCAGGUCCAAAAGGGAGUAAAGGUGACCGGGGAGAACAGGGAUUACCAGGGAAACCAGGCCCGCCGGGACCCAAGGGUCUCAGUGCCUCUAAAUCAAAUCUUGGCGCAGUUGGAAUGCCAGGAAAAAGGGGCCUCCAAGGUGAGAAAGGAGAACAAGGUUCCCCCGGAGAGCCAGGACCAAUGGGAGAACCGGGGGCUCCUGGACGUAACGGACUGGCCGGGCCACCAGGACCAAAGGGAGAUAAAGGAGACAUUGGAUUGCCAGGGGCUGACGGACAGCAAGGAAUACCAGGUAUUCGGGGGCUUCCCGGGGAGGUGGGGCCAACUGGACCUCAGGGGGUGAGAGGUGUACCUGGCCAGAAAGGGUCAGCUGGAUCUAAAGGACCUCAGGGUAUUCAAGGUCCCGUUGGACCUCCUGGAGCUGAUGGACGAGAUGGCCCCAAGGGAGCUCCAGGGGAACCUGGUAUUGCUGGAUUUCCAGGGGCUCCAGGACAGAGGGGCACAAAAGGGGAGCCUGGUUUCCCAGGAUUACAAGGUGCCAUGGGCCUACCAGGGUUCAAAGGUCAUAAGGGUGACAUGGGAGAAGUAGGGCCCAAAGGCAUUCAGGGUGAAAGAGGCAGUGAGGGAACUCCUGGGGUUCCUGGGCCUGCGGGUGAAGUUGGACCCAAGGGAAACAAAGGAGAGAAAGGUGUUGCUGGGGAGACAGGGGCCAAAGGUCUUGACGGAAAGAAAGGAGACAUGGGACACUUCGGGCCUGCCGGACCACGUGGCUCUCCCGGUCAGGACGGGUUGCCGGGGCAACCAGGCAUUCCAGGUCAUCCUGGAAAACCAGGAAAACCUCCCUCAGAUGAGUACCUGAUGAAACUGUGUGGGGCUGUGCUGAGGAAUCAGCUGCCGCAGCUGUUACAGACCAUGGCACCCCAAAGCUGUGAGCCCUGUGAGAGUGUGAAGGGGCCCCCAGGCCCUCCAGGAACACCAGGGCCCAAAGGCUCCAUGGGACCCCCUGGAUAUCCAGGACAGACAGGCCUGCGGGGCUACCCUGGCACUCCAGGCAUACAGGGGCCCCCAGGGGUCAAAGGUGACACAGGACCAAAGGGAUUCAAAGGCAGCAAAGGGGAGGGCAGGCCAGGGCAACCGGGACCUCCUGGACAAACAGGGGUCCAGGGGCCGAGGGGCUCUGAUGGAAUUGGACUACCUGGACCUCCAGGGAUGCCAGGAAAAUCCGGGGUGCCAGGUAUUCCGGGGAAACGUGGUUCUCCAGGCCCACCCGGAGUCUGUGACAUGUCUUUGUGCUACCAGACAUACAACCUCAGGGAGGAACGCUUCAGCAAAGGGCCAAACUUCUGA